UUCCAGCCAAAUACCCUCGAAGCCCAGCGCCAUGUAUUCAAAGCGAAAAAGGUUAAAAAAUCCCGGCCCUGCCAUGUCUGCCACCAGCCGAUUGUCAAGCUCGGCUCCUGUUGCAGAGUUUGCAAAUACCUGGUGCAUAAGGCCUGCGAACCUAAGGAGGCGGCGAGUGAGACCCCACGGUCCUUUACCGACCCCGCCCGCCAGAUCUUUUACGAGCUCCGCGCAACAGCCGCAAGACCCGGACCCAGGGGUCCCUCUUCUCUCCAGGGCUCUCCUCUCUCUCCCCGACGUCGCUCUCCCGGGGGCACCGCCCCUCCUUCCCUCCAGCCCAGUCCCACCCUCACCCGCCACGCCGGAGGGCCACCUCCUCGGCAAGACCCCGGCGAGGCGACUGGAGCGGCCAGUCCCGCGAGGACGAGCAGCCCCGGCCAGCUGAGGCGCGGAGGGGGUGUUGGCCCCACACCUUCGCAGGGGGGAUCCCCGCGGGUCUCCCAGCGGGAGUCAUCGCCGGCUCCCGGGGUAGGGUCACUAGGCACGGGCGAGGGGAGCAAAGCAAGUGCCCCUAGGGAGAGCGAAGGGGUUGGCCUCACACGGAUACUUCAUGCCCCGAAUAACAAUGAUGCCACAGCCACCCAGAAGCACCCUACGAUAAGCAGCAGAAACACCCAGUCCGCCGCCCGCCUGAACCGCGUGAUGGCCGGGGCGGGCGGGGCCACCGGGGGCGGCCUGGCGGGGGAGGCGCCAGGGCCCGGGGGGGAGCGCCCCGGCCCCCCUGGAGGAGGACCCAAGAUGGACGUGGUUUACGUGACGGAGAGAAUCAUCUCCUUGGCCUUCCCGCCGGCGCUGGACGAUGCCACCUACACCUUACACCUGCGGGAGGUGGCUCAUAUGUUGUCCUCGAAGCACGGGGAUAACUUCAAGGUAUUCAAUUUAUCACAACAUGGUGAAAUAAGUCACUUCCUACCUCGUGUGAUGGAGCUAGGAUGGGCAGACCAGCUGGCACCAGCUUUGGAGAGGCUGUGCUCCAUCUGCAAGGCGCUUGACUCCUGGAUCACGCAACACCCUCAACAUGUGGCUGUUCUGCAUGCCAGAGGGGGCUAUGAAAAGCUGGGUGUGGUGGUUGCAGCCUACAUGCACUACAGCAACAUCUGCGCCUCAACAGACCAAGCCCUCGACAGAUAUGCCAUGAAACGUUUCUUUGAUGAUAAGAUUGGCCAACUCUACCAUCCUUCGCAAAAAAGAUAUGUACAGUAUUUUGCUGGCUUAUUGUCUGGGGUCAUACGCAUCAACUCUAGUCCACUGUAUCUCCACACUCUCACCUUGUAUGGCAUACCUCACUUUGAACCCAGGGGAGGCUGUCAUCUAUUCAUCAAGAUCUACCAAGGAAUGACACCAAUAUACACAUCAGGGAUAUAUAAUCUUACUGAGCAAAUGAGGCAAGUCACAAUAGCUUUUGAAACGGGAGUGCAACUGCGAGGAGACAUCCUGUUAAAAGCAUAUCACAGAAGACUUGUACCAGCAUCCAGAGAAGUGAUUUUCCGGAUGCAGUUCCAUACGUGUGCUGUGUCUGAAAAAGUUCUCUCCUUUACAAGACACGACCUAGAUGAUGCAUGUAAUGACAUGCGAUUCCCUCUUGACGGUGGUGUUGAGCUCUACUUCACACACUCUCAAGAUGAGCGGCCAAGAACAGUCUCCAAUGUCUCAUGUGACAAAUCACCCUGUGCGAUUGCAUCUUGGAAUUCCUAUGAGAACGUCAGUUUCACAUACGAGCAAAUUGAAGAACAAGGUGUGACAGGUGUGGGCGGAGUGAGCCACACGCUAGGGCCGCUGGACGGAUCCCUGUACGCGACAGUCACCAAGAAGCGCCCGCAGCCGCCUGCGUCGCCGCACUCGCCGGUGUCGCCGCACGCGCCCUCCGUCACCCACACGCCCUCUCCGCACGGCCUUGUCAACGGUCGCUACGCCGCGUCCAUAGACUCGGGCAUCGCGUCCAGCAACUCGGCGGCGGCGGCUCCCGUGUCCCCGCCCACCUCGGACACUUCGCGGACGUCUGGAGAGUCCCGCGGCACGGCGGCGGCAGCGGUGACGGCGGGGAGGGUGGGUGCCGGGGUGGCGCCGCCCCCGGUCGAUGCCCGCCAACUGGAUGAGCUGCUCCAGGGCAUGCUCCUGGACAUCCAGAGCAUCCCCGACCUCCGGCCCUCGCAGACGCCUGCCCCGGACAUAGACUCCAUCCGGUGCCCCGACUUCAGCAUGGCGCCCAAGACGGAGUCGCGGCCGAGCAUGACGGCGCGCUCGUCGGGGGACACCGGCAGCGCCCCGCCGCCGCCACUCAGCCCCGUCAACGGCUUCAGCGGCUCGACCACGCACGACUCGCUGCUGGACUCGUCGCUCAGCACGACGGCGGACGAGAUGCCCUACCACGCCCGCACCGACAGUAAACCCUUCAGCUACGGCGCCGUCACGUCGUCGCCGCUGCUGGGCAGACGUCGCACUGCGUCAGAAGGGGGCGAAGGGGGCGCGCAGCCUCCACCCUCGCCCUCGAUCCACCGACGCAAUUCGCGGGAGACGCUGGGGCAGGCGCGGGCGGGGCUGGAGUCACCCAGGCUGGUGAGGCGCAUGUCUGGCAGCGUCGGUGGCACGCCUGGAGACGUAGGAGGCGGGUCGCGGCGCUCCCCCUCCCCGUCGCCUUCUCCCGAGCCAGGGAGCCGAGGUGGCACCCUGGGGCGCCAGCGCUCGCAUACCCUCACCACGCGCAUCAUGUCGGGCUCAGAAACCACGCCGAACUCCACCCUCAACAGGUCGGAGCACACGAGGUCGGCCUCGCGUCUGGACGACACCCUCGACCUGUCCUCCGAAUUCCACACUCGCUCCCUGAGCAGCACCGGCAGCAACAAUUUGUCAUGGCUGCAGAUGCAACAGCUGAAAUUGGCAGAGAGACGCGAGGCCAAGCUGCGAGCCGAGAGAGCACCUCACGAAGCCCGCAUGCUUUCCGAACUCCGUACUCGUAUGGGCCAGCAGCAGCGGACAAGCACGACAACUUCAAGAGACUUUGAAGAUGGCUAUGUGAGUGAUACAACACUUCUUUCGGAGACUUCAAGGGAAUCUUCCCCAGUGAAGACAUUGGCUCCUCUGACCAUUAACACAGGAGGGCCACCAACAACCCCCCAGAAGCCCCCCAUUGGCCAUUCAACCCCCGCUAGGGGCAAUUCAGCUCCUUCAUCUCCGAUUCUGCCAACCAGGUCAGCCUCACGGGAACGCACAGUCAGAUAUAAUCAGCAGCAGAGUAGCCAGCGAAGCCUUCCGAGAAAGCACUCCGACUCUUCACAUGAUAGAGAACGACCUUUUGUUGCUGUCAAAAGAGCACACGAAAACGCCAAACCAGGCGAACCUGGGGAUGCAUCAUCAGCUCUAAAUCAACUUCAAACUUCACCUCACGGCCAUAUCCAGUAUUCAUCAUAUUCAUCCACUACCCCAGUUGAUGGUGGUCUUUUGACCACUGUUGCUUCAUCAUCAAAUCAGGAGGGACUCGACUCUCUAGAUGCCCUGAGUGCUACACUAGCCAGUUUGGGCUCUCCCACUCACCCUCCCACCUCUACCUCACCGCCCAACCCUAUAAGCAGCACCACCACUGUCAUCACCACCUCUGCUGUCACCACUACUGCUGAGUCACGAGAAGUUCUAACGGCUCAAACAUCUCAGAGCCGAGAUGACAGUGCCUGGCAGAGCGACACAGAGAGCAGUUACGGUGGAAAUCGUCCCAUCACGCCAGGAUUCCCCCCUGCCACCCCUACAACUCCAUAUUUGAACCAGGGUUUGCCUCCCAAAAGCCCAACCAUGCAACGCAAAGAAAUGGGAGUGAGAAGCCCAUCACCUGCCACAUCUCAAACGCUGCGGCAGGAGUUAAAUGGGCAUUCCAGUCCAGCUCCCUCCCUCUACCACAGUCAGUCUCGUCGCUCAUCACUCACCUCAUUGAACGAGUCAUCAGAGGUCAUUUCAUCGCAUCCCAAGUUUGUUAAAGACAUCUCAAAAUUCUGGUAUAAACCUACUAUAACAAGAGAUGAAGCAAUCAGUAUGCUCAAGGACAAAGCUCCAGGAACGUUUGUUGUUCGAGAUUCCAACUCAUUCCCAGGAGCUUUUGGUUUGGCCUUAAAAGUUUCUACUCCACCUCCAAAUGUCACAAGUAAAUCUAGUGACCCAGCUAGUGAACUAGUAAGACACUUCCUUAUUGAGCCAACUUCUAGAGGAGUCCGACUCAAAGGCUGCGCCAAUGAACCAGUUUUUGGUUCUCUCUCUGCAUUGGUGUAUCAACAUUCGAUUACGGCUUUGGCUCUGCCGUGUCGCUUGGUGCUACCUGAGCGUGACCCAGCAGGUGCUCCUGAUUCUGUGGAUAGCAGUGUCAGCACAAGUGGAAGCUCCAGCUCCACUUCACAACUCUUGCAACAAGGAGCAGCAUGCAAUGUUAUGUAUCUCCAUACUGCAGACACAGAAAGCCUGACUGGCCCACAAGCAGUAAAGCGUGCAGUCAGUCUGAUGCUUGCAGCCAAGAUAACUCCAACUGUUGUGCACUUCAAGGUUUCUGCACAAGGCAUCACACUGACAGACAAUGAGAGAAAACUGUUCUUCCGCCGUCACUACCCAGUGAACACCAUUUCCCACUGUGGUUUAGACCCUGAUGAUCGACGAUGGGCGCAGAAGAAUGAAGAAGGAGUUCCAGUUGGCUCACACCGAGUGUUUGGCUUUGUAGCCAAGAAGGGAGCCAGCAGAACAGAAAAUCAGUGCCACAUCUUGGCAGAACUUGAACCUGAACAGCCUGCAACAGCAAUCUGCAACUUUGUAACAAAAGUAAUGAUGACAAGUGUAAGCAGACCGAAUCUUGUGUAAAUCAAUUGAACAAGUGAACAUUUGCAGCAGUUCAUCUAGUGUGAAUAUUCCGAACAAUCUCACAUAGCUCUUAAUGACUUUACUGAUAACAGAGGCUUAAUAGGGGUAAAUUAGGUAACAAAAUAGGUUGUUUUAUAUACAAAGUGAAGUUAGGGAACUUUUAUAGUAAUGCAGAUAUAAAAGUGUAGGGCUCAUUGAUAGGCAAUUCUACAUAAAGACUGAUGUAUAGUUUUUAAGAACAUGCUCCAUGAUGACCUCUAAAAUAUGAUGAUAGUAGAAAUCAUGUAUUUGACAAAGUAGAACAUUCUUUAUGGGAGAAAUCAGGGAUUGUUAUCAUAAUUUAUACUAGUGGGUAAUGAUGGACUUUCUGGAGGAUUUCUAGACUAAAAAGAAAUGUGUCAUGACAGGAUGUCUAGCAGUUGUGAUAUACAUUUAUGCAAGUUUUCAUUGGAAAUAAAUAAAUAAAUAAACAUUUUGCAUUGCGUAGCCUCGUUAAGUGGGAAACCAGUUAUGAAAUGAGUCAAGGUUUUUCCAUAAAACCUCAUUUUACUUAUUAGAAGCAUGAAAGACAUUAAACUGGGAUCAUUAAAAAAAAUGAUCAGAGCAUGUGAAGCAUUUUAGGGAAAAUGUUUUCUCAGCAAUGUUGUUUUAUUCAGCACCAUGUAUCAUGUACUCAUUUUACACAAUCCAUGUGUUCUGCAAUCAAAUCAGAAAAAUGUUGUCCCAUUGUUUUUUAUUUAAUUUUUAUUUUUUGCUUUCCAUGUGUGUUGCAUAGGUUACCUAACCUAGAAUAUAAAUAUACUUUAAUAAUUACUCUAGGCAGAUUUUAAUAUAUGAGCUGAUUCCCUAUUUCAUUAAUGUUUGAAAUAUAUUUCUUAUCUAGGAUAUGCAUUAAUGACUGUUAAGUCUUGCUUAUAUUAUGCACUUCUGAAUCAAUAUGCAAAUGAUUGAAGCUCCAAAAACACUUGAAUAUUAGUUUAAUUAACACAUUUACAAAUACAUGUAUUAUUUGUAUUUAAUGUAAAUCUGCAUUUAUAGUGUGCGUAAAUCUAAGAUUACUUACCCCAGUGAAAUUUGACUGUAAAUUUUGUAUUUAGUGACUCUUAAUAUAGUUUAUCCUUUGUAUUGGCAGUCUCAAGUAACUGAAAACACAUGACUGUGUCAGUCAAUGUUCUAAUGUUAUGUACAUAAUGUCCAUAUGUUUGAAUGAUAGUUAUAAAAAAAAACUUUUAUCAAUUUUAAAUAUUGUAAAUCAUACUUCCAUAUUGUAACUUCCACUUGAUGGGUAAUAAAUAUCCAAGCUGCACAAUACACAGUAAAGUCAAGAUUUGUAAAGCUAGACCAGGUUCACUAUCAAGGAGUGUAUGAAUACCAGAUUGUUGUGGUACAUUUACACUUCUAUUUAUUAAGUAAUUACUAGUCCUAAUUAGACAUUUGUAUUUGCCAGAUGAGGUAGAGCAGGUAAGAGGCCUGGCUGCACUAAUAAGGAAGCAGGUAGUUCCUUUAACACUUAUAAGGUGCUUCUUAACUCAUGUAAAUGACCUCUUCAAGCUUCUUCCAAAAAUAAAGAACUGUUUCAAAUUG